AUGCCUGAGAAAACCAUGUUAUUAACAUUUUUACUACUACUUAUUAUCAUGCAACAUAACUUUGGUUCAAUGGAAGCAUCAAGGUUGCUAAAUAAUGUUCAUCCACCACCAAGUGUUCCUCAAAGUCCACAAGCUCCUUCACUUGAUUAUUGGUAUUCCAUAAACGACGAUAACAAAGGUGGUGGUGAUGCUUUCCGUCCUACAAGUCCAGGACAUAGCCCUGGUGUAGGACAUCAAACACCACCACCAUGA